AUGACGGGACUUGAAACUAAUUUUGCUAAAACUUGCCUAUACUCGAGUAGAGUAGGUGAACUCACAGCUCGGGUAAAGACGGAGACCCUCCAUUGUAAUAGAGGUCUGCUCCCUAUCACCUACUUGGGCAUCCCAAUUUCGGGUCGUAGACCCCGUAGGCAAGACUGGGAUGGGAUCAUUCACAAGGUGAGACGUAGGCUAUCGUCCUGGAAGCUGCGUCACAUCUCCUUAGGUGGUCGCCUUACCCUUGUGAAUUCGGUCAUGUCCGCUAUCCCAACGUACUGGAUGUCCAUUUUUUGCUUACCGGUUUGGGUCAUCAAUGACAUUGACCGCAUCAAAAGGGACUUUCUUUGGUCUGGUCUUGAUAUUAAUCAUCCGGGUUGCCGCCUGGUAAGCUGGAAACUUCUCUGUCGACCUAGGGAUCAGGGUGGCUGGGGUAUCCUGGAUCUUGCUAAAUUUAACCAAGCGCUUUUGGGAAAAUGGUGGUGGAAAUACAUGAUGGAUCCUGAUUGGGAUGGUGCAAAGGUCAUUCUUUUUAAUUAUGGAUCUACUCGGUCGAAGUUAUGGCCUAAUCAGGCUGGAAGGAUUUCCUUCUUUUGGAAAGGUGUCUUGAACUACUUGCCGGCUCUUCGGAGCUGCUUAGCUCAAGAUGUGGUCUCUAACAAGGAUACCCUUUUCUGGAAAGAUAAGGGCCCUAGAACGAAGAUGGAGGAUGACAUCAGCACGGUGAGAAGAAGUCUGGAGUUUCUCGACCCUCGUGUUCAGGAGAUUGGCGAGACUCAGACCUCUGAGGAGACACACAUUCCUGGCUCUAUCUAG